AUUCACUUAUCCAAUUCUUUUUUGAUAUAAAUUCUACUGGCAUUAUUACUUUUAAUAAAGAACAAAUUUUUUCUACAUUUGCUAAAGUUUGCUCAACUGUUGAAAGCUAUGCUAUGCAAACAAAUACUGUUAUUAUUUUAGGUAAAACAACUAAAAAUGUUAAUGGCAGUUAUCAACAAGUAUCUUUUGUUUGCGAAAAACAAGGAGAAUAUAAUGGAACUAAAGAACUUCAUGAUAAUGGACUAAGAACUAGAGAUAUAUUUUCAGUACUAAGUUCUAUCAGCUCAAAAUAUAUACAUAAACACAAUGUAUAUAAUGCUAUUAGUCAACAACGUCUACAAAAAUUGCAAGGUUUGAGUGAAAUUAAAAUGCUGCUCAAAACCUUACAUAAUGAUGAAAAUAUCAUAGCAGCUGUUGCAAUGCGACCUUUAUAUAAUAACGAAUGUGAUCAAGACG